GAGCUGAGUGUGGACAAAUCCAAAACAUUUGUGAGUAACGCAUAGAUGAAAACGCGACCUGCCAUUGGUGCUGGGAAUGGCCUCCUUUGGUUGGAAACGUAAGGUGGGAGAAAAAGUUUCCAAGACGACAGUGCAGCAGUUUGAGAAGGACUCAGAGCAGGCGGAUGAUGAGGAUGUGGAGAAGGAGGGAGUUGAUUGGCUGCACGUCAUCAAGCGGCGACGUGAAGUGCUGCUGGAGGAUUGUGCUGCUAAGAGCAAGAGGCUAAAGGAUGAAGGGAUGCUGCUCGCUGAGCAGGGCAGGAACUGGGAGGCAUUGAAGAGGUGGGAUGAGGCUAUUCAGCUCACGCCAGACGAUGCUGUGCUGUAUGAGAUCAAGUCACAGGUGUUGAUCACCCUUCAAGAAGUGUUCCUGGCUGUGCAGUCUGCAGAGAUGGCCACCAGGCUCCGCCCCCUCUGGUGGGAGGCGUGGCAAACUCUUGGCCGCGCCCAUCUAAGUCUUGGCGAAGUAGAACUUGCUGUACGGUCCUUCCAAGUGGCGUUGCACAUGUAUCCAUCUGAGCGCCCCCUCUGGGAGGAAGACCUAGGCUGGGCCCUACAGCUCCGGGAGCAGCAAAAAGCUCUCCGUGAAAGAGAGAAACAGGAAGAUGAAGCCCGAAGGCUGCUUGUGGAAGCUCCUGAGCUGAAGAGUGAUUAUGAUUUUGAAAGCGAUGAAGUGAUUGAGGCUUGCACUGCCAUGGCUGAUAGACAAAAGAAAUAUGAGGACUUAAAGAAAACAGCGGUUGUUGUGGACGCACACGGGGUCACCAAAGAGGUGAUUGUCAAAGAUGACAGCGAACCCACUUCAUCCUCACAGAGUGUUUUAGUCAAGGCACGAGGACUCUGAAUGAAAUAAAGCCUGGUUUUGUGUCUCCUCAUGUGUAUAUUGUUUAGAUUAUGUAUGUAUUGUUAAGUUUAUUUGAUAAUCCAGGAUUCUGAUUGACUUCCUCGUAGUGUUUAACAAAGUUACUAUUCCCAGUGAGUAUCAGAUUCCAAGAAGAUUUUGAAAUGCUUCUGGAUCAUUUUCACUCAAACAAGAGCAUAAAUUCCUUCUUUUUACUGAA